AGUGAAGCAGUGGCAAACCACUAAAAAAAAUGGAGAAACUUCUUUCAAAUGGGUUCAAUGUCGAAUCUCUCCCUGAAGACUACAUAUUCCCACCAGAAUUAAGACCAGGGAACCUCAAAAUCCCAUUCAGCAGCAACAUCCCAGUGAUUGAUCUCAAUGAAGCACAAAAUGGUGAUAGAAGUAACACAAUUCAGAAAAUUAUCAAGGCAUCUGAGGAGUUCGGAUUCUUUCAGGUUAUCAAUCAUGGAAUCUCUGAGAAUCUAAUGAACGAAGUAAGGAGUGUGUUUAAGGAGUUAUUUGAGAUGCCAGCUGAGGAAAAACAAAAGUUGUGUUCUGAUGAUCCUUUGAAGGCAUGCAAGAUGUUUACUAGCAAUGUCAAUUAUGCAACUGAGAAGGUUCAUUUGUGGAGGGACAAUUUUUGGCACCCAUGUCAUCCUUUGGAGCAGUGGCAACACCUCUGGCCUCAAAAUCCAACUAGAUACAGAGAGUGUGUUGGGGCGAGUUCAGUUGAAGUUAAAAAGCUGGCAUCAAGGAUCUUGAGUUUGAUUAGUGAAGGGCUUGGUCUCGAGUGUGGAUAUUUUGAGAACGAUCUUGCUGGAUCAGUGACUCUUUCAAUCAAUCAUUAUCCACCAUGCCCUGAUCCAAGUUUGACACUGGGAAUAGUUAAGCACUCUGAUCCAAAUCUCAUAACCAUUUUACUCCAAGAUGAUGUAUGUGGACUUCAAGUAUUCAAGGAUGGAAAGUGGAUCGCUGUUCAACCUAUUCCUAAUGCAUUUGUGGUAAACAUAGGCCACCAGUUGCAGAUAAUCAGUAAUGGUAAGUUACAAAGUGCUGAGCAUCGUGCUGUGACAAAUUCAAGUGAUGCACGCACUUCUGCUGCCUUUUUUGUAGCUCCUACAGAUGAAUGUAUGAUAGAGCCAGCACAAGCUCUUACUGAUGAACAUCACCCCCCAAUUUUUAAGUCUUUCAAAUACAAGGACUUCCUCUCUUACUACUUUGCCAAAUAUGGUGAUACAGACGCAGUGUUGAAAUCAGUUGAAGCACAAAAGAGUUAAGUGAAACGUGGAAAGCAAAAGGUAUAUAUAUUCCAUGAUGUAAUAAAGGGAAACUUUGGCUUCUUUUGUGGUAGAACCGUAGAAAAUAGUAUCCUUCAAGAAAUAAAUGGUAUACUAUGAAAUA